AUGAAGCAAAAGUUAGAAACUAGUGGUAUAACAAAAAUGAAUCGUCUAAAAUUCGUUCUACUUAUUCAGCUGGUUACCGUUGCUCUUGUCAAGAGCAAACUCAACGAUAUUCAGAAUCAGAAAAUAAACAACGCCAAAUUUUUGAAAACAGAUAAAAAUGCCAUAUUUGGAACAUCUGCAGCAGAAGUAGAAAAAUCAGUCAAAUCGUUCAUAUUAACCCUAAUAGAUCCUCUAAAAAAAGGCCUAUUACAGGACUUUCGGAAGACUUCCUUUAAAAGUAAUUUCAAAAAAUCAGUCAACAUUUACACUCAAGUUGUCGUCGAAAAUAUACGAGCUUUUCGGAGAAAAUUAAGAAUUUUUAAAAGUAAUAAUUCCAGCGUUACAAAAGUGCCAAUACCUGAUGGAAACGAUACUCUGAUAAGUAACCUACUUGAAAAUGGAUUAACAGUUGCAACCGAAUUUACAGACUUUAUUAUAGAGGGCAACGAAAUCGGUACGAAAUUCCUCUUCGGAAAACACCAAUCUCAAUUUUUUAAAUCCCCAAAAUUACAAAUUAUGGAUUUUCUCAUUUUUACGAGCGACUUUUUUGUCUACGUGGACUGUGCAAUUAACGAUACAAAUAUCAGAAAAAGUAUAAAAUACCUGUAUUCGUAUUCUCCAACAGCAGUAGUGGAAUAUUUGAAAAAGAAAAUUAAAGCACCUCCGAAAAAUCGUGUUUUCAAUGCAACGGAAACUAUCUGCUAUUCUAUUGACAAAAUAAUAACUGGUGGCUAUAAGAAAUGUAUUAACGAUCUAAACAAUGUUUAUUCGUGCAUACAGCAUCAAAUUCCGAUAAAGUCCUCACAAGAGUCGUCAGAAAGUUACAAAAUUUUGAAAAGUUUGAAACAAUCUUUUUCGAAAGACUGGAUAAAAAGUCUACGAAUUCUAGAACCAAGGUGUAAAACACAAGACCUACGAUUCGAAUGUGAUUUUAAUGGGAAAAAAUCAAGUACCAAAAAUCAAGUGAAGUACAUAAUUGAAAGUUUUAUUGGUAGAAAAAUAGAGAGUGGGUCUUCUUUAUUAAAAAUAGCGAACCGAUUUUCAAAAGUGGUUUCAAAAAACCAUGUGACGAAAAAUUUGGUUCGAAAUUGUUGUGAUUAUAUUUCCAUUUGGCGAGAGGGACAAAAAAAGAGGAGUGUGCUUAAGAAAGUUUCGAAGAAGAAUCCUGGUUUAUUGAAAACAUUACAGAAAGUGACAAAAUCGUUUGAUAAUUACAGAAAAGGAGUAGUUGAACAAUUAUUAAAUACUGUUGCUGCAUUCAAUCAAAUUCCUACUUAUUUGGAGAAAUCGUUAAAGAAGGCAUUUUCUAACCAAUCGAAUCAGACACUUUUUGGUUCGAUAUUGAUUUAUUUGUCUAGAUUAAUAAGAGCAAUUUUUGAUCGCGACAGUCAAUUGUCCACUCACAAGUCUGUUUCCUUUGAUUAUCAAAAGAAUUCUAAAAGUCUUAUCGUAAUCCAAGAAGAAUUUCCGUAUUUACAUUCGAAAAUGUCAAAUGAAGACAUUUUUGACAACAUGUUGCGAACGAUGAAGCAUCUUCGAGAUCAACAUUUGUCAAAGAAUAAAUCAGCUUUUAAUGGAGGACUUACAAAUAUUUUAUUGGUUUUCAUGUUUCUUGAAACACUUUCUGCAGUUACAUUAUUAAUUUCACAGAAUAUUAAUAUUUCACAUGUAAAUGAGCAAUUUCCAGUGGAAAAUGAAGGCAUUCCAGAACUAGAUCCAAAUGAAAAUGACAAUGACGAAAAUGAAAAUGAAAAUAUUGAUGAUCAUGAACAAGAAGUUGAUGAAGAAGAAGAAGAAGAAGAAGAAGAAGAAGAAGAAGAAGAAGAAGAAGAAGAAGAAGAAGAUCAAAAAGAAAAAGAACCUGCACUAAAAUUCACAAAUCGAAAAAAAAGAUUUCUUUAUUACAAUUCUAAUUUAGAUGAUCCAAAUUUUCUGAAUUCUAGCAUACUUCUUCGUUGAAAAAGUUUUCUUGUUUA